CGUGGCGGCGACACGCGCACUGCAGACGCAGAGCGGGGGAGGGGGACACCUCGGCAAGGGAGACGGACAGACAGACACACAGACACUUAGACACAGACACUUAGACACGGAAACUUAGACAUACACACAGACACUUAGACACACACACAGACACUUAGACACGGAAACUUAGACACACACAGAUACUUAGACACGGAAACUUAGACACACACAGACACGCAGACACACACACAGACACUUAGACACGGAAACUUAGACAUACAGACAGACACGUAGACACACACACAGACACUUAGACACGGAAACUUAGACACACACACAAACACGCAGACACACACAGACACUUAGACACGGAAACUUAGACACACACAUACAGACUUAGACACACACACAGACACUUAGACACAUAAACUUAGACACACACACAGACACACAGAGACUUAGACACACACAGACACUUAAACAGACACACACACAGACUUACACACACACACUUAGACACACACACAUCCACUUAGACACACAGACACACAGACACUUAGACACACAGACACAUACACACACUUAGACACACAUCGACAAGCUGACGAGAGAGUGAUAUUGCUCCCUCUGGCUGCUGACGCUGUCUGUCUCUCUCUGUGCGUCUCGUCCGCUCCCUCUGUACAAGUUCGCAGCAGCCAGACAUCGCUGAUUAACGUAUUUGUAGCUACAGUCGCAGGCAAGCAGGUGCGCUCUUACCCGGCUGUCGGACACAAUAGGUACUCGCGAACGGCACUGUGCAGCUACGGUUGUUGUUGUUGUUGCUGCUGCUGCCGUGGUUGUUGCUGUUGUUGGUAGGAGCGGAUGGAUGAGUGAGCGUCACUCGUUCUGAGCGAGGGCACAGCGAUGAGACGGAGUUACGCGCGCGUGACUUUCGCUGUGCGGUGCUAAGCGGCGCUCACACACAGGCACACACACAGACACACGCACACAGACACACAGACACAUACAGACACACGCACACAGACACACACAGACGCAUGCACAGACACACACACACAGACACACAUACAGACACACACAUAUACGCACAGACACACAGACACACGCAGAGGCAGACGCGCUAUAGAUAGCCCAGCGUUUGGCAGUAGUUGUAUUUAAUUAAUUAAUGUAUGUGUGUGUUUGAGUGUGUGUGAGUGUGUGUGAGUGUGUCUGUGUGUGUUUGAGUGUGUCUGUGAGUGUGUCUGUGUCUGUGAGUGUGUGUGUGCGUGUGUGUGAGUGUUUGAGUGUGUGCGUGCGUGUGUCUGUGUGUGCGCGCGCGCCCCAACAGUCUGUGAAUGCGAUAAGGGUGGCGAUCGUGUUCGUUUCUCGCGAACAGCGCUUUGGAGCAACAGUCGGCCAAUGGCUGUAGUCCGCUGCGUGUCCGUGUGUCUGUGCGCGUCUCUGUGUGUGCGUGCUGUUGUUCGUGGCUCCGCGUGUCAGCGUGUGCGUUAGCAAUAGGUGCUCGCUAACAACCUUUCGUAGUCGCUGCCUUCUAUGCGGCAAGCGAGUGUUGCCUGAGUGUGUGUGCGUGUCGUUGUGUAUUUGCGCGUGACCGCGCGUGUCUCUCUGCGCGUGUCUCUGUAAAGCUGCCUGUCUAUAGAGUUGUCUGUUUGUACAGCUGCCUGUCCGUACAGCUGUCUGUCUGUACAGCUGUCUGUCUGUACAGCUGCCUGCCCGUACAGCUGCCUGUCUGUACAGCUGUCUGUCUGUACAGCUGCCUGUCUGUACAGCUGUCUGUCCGUACAGCUGCCUGUCUGUACAGCUGCCUGUCUGUACAGCUGCCUGCCCGUACAGCUGCCUGUCUGUACAGCUGUCUGUCUGUACAGCUGCCUGUCUGUACAGCUGUCUGUCUGUACAGCUGUCUGUCUGUAGAGUUGUCUGUCUGUAGAGUUGUCUGUCUGUACAGCUGUCUGUCCGUACAGCUGACUGUCUGUACAGCUGCCUGUCUGUACAGCUGUCUGUCUGUACAGCUGUCUGUCUGUACAUCAGCGAGUGUCGCUGUUCUGCGCGUGCAUUUGUGUGCGCGCGCUUCGUGUGCGCGCGCCUCCAAAUGAAUUCAACAUAAAACCUACAACGCAACAGCAGCACCACCACCACCACCACCGCUACCAAACAAACACACAAACAACAGUCAGUCGCGACUGACUCGUGCCAGGGGAGGACGAGCGAGCCGUCCACCAUGACCCCGCUGUCCGGCUCGGGGACUCCGACCCAGAGCCAGGAGCUGUCGACCGCUUACGCGUUGCACCUCUCUCCCGAGGAGAUCGUCAUCGAUGUGGUCGGUGACAGCGACGACGCUCGUGGGAUUGACGACGACGACGAUGAUGAUGAUGAUGGCGGUGGCGGCGAUGAUGAUGAUGAUGAAGACGGUGGUGGUGGUGUUGGUGGUGGUCUUGUGGACCGCACUCGCGGCGACAACAACAACCACCACCACCUCGUCGUCGUCAAAACCUCUGGUGGCGGCCCGCAGAUGUCUCGCGCGACAGACCACAACCACCACCACCACCGCCACAACCACCAUCACCAACACGGAGACACGGACCAAAAGCCGGACCUGGAUGUGAACCGCGACGGGUGCAACUCAGCUGGCCGCGUGGACGACGACGCCGAUGCAACAACCGACAGCGACCCCCCGAAGAACGUGAACAACGCGAGUAGCGGCGGUGGCGGUGGUGGUGGCGCUGGUGGUGGCGCUGCUGGUGGCGCUGGUGUUAGCUCGUCGGGCAGCAAGAGCAGCGCCCUGGUGAAGCCACCCUACUCGUACAUCGCGCUCAUCACCAUGGCCAUCCUGCAGAGCCCGCAGAAGCGACUCACGCUGAGCGGAAUCUGCGAUUUCAUCAGCGCGCGCUUCCCCUACUACCGCGAGAAGUUCCCCGCGUGGCAGAACUCGAUCCGACACAAUCUGUCGCUCAACGACUGCUUCGUGAAGAUCCCGCGCGAGCCGGGCAACCCGGGCAAGGGCAACUACUGGACACUCGACCCGGCCUCCGAGGACAUGUUCGACAACGGCUCGUUUCUCCGCCGUCGCAAGCGAUUCAAGAGGCCCAUGACCGCCGAUCAGCACGCGGCCGCCGCCGCCGCGUUCAUGAUGCACGGACUGACCCCUUACGGCGUGUCGGCGUCCUACUGCGUGCGCGCCGCGGGUUACGGCUUCCCCGCGCACGGAUACGCGCUGCAUUCCGCGGCCGCCGCUUUGCAGCAUCACCAUCAUCAGCAGCAGCAGCAGCAGCUGGUACAUCAUCAUCAUCAUCAGCAGCAGCAUCAGCAGCAGCAGCAGCAGCAUCAGCAGCAGCAGUAUCCGUACGCGAGUUCGUGUCUGACGCCCUGUGCUGCCCCACGGUGUCCCGCUGCUGUCAUCGGUGAUGAACAUUUGCAGGGGACGGCGAGGAAAGUGUUCGGCGCUGGGAUCGUGCAGAUGCACGCGGCCGUGAACGCGCAGUGUUCCCUGCCGAUGGCGCAGCAGCAUCAGCAGCAGCAGCAUCAUCAGCAGCAGCAUCAUCAGCAGCAGCAUCAGCAGCAGCAGCCAUCCACACCACCUCCAUCACCCAAGUACGUUGUGUGUAAAGCAGUGGACAAAGACAACACCGCUUCCAACAACAUCAUCACCACCACCACCAACAACACUAACGCCACCAACAUCACCACCACCACCACCACGACACCUCCAGGAUCGACCACCACGAACCGCAACCCCUUCAGCAUCGAGAGCAUCAUCGGCAUCGCUGCCGAGAAAGCAGACGCGGCUGUCAAGACGAGUGGACACGGCGCGCUGAUGGGGACCGGCGGCGGCGGCGUAGGAGGCAUCGGGGCUCACGGAGCCACGUUCCUUCCUCACGGGGGAUCCCCUUUCCGCGGGGCCCCGGCCUCGCUGCCCAUGGGCUCGCGGCCUGGACACGGCUUCUCGUUCACGCGAGCCGGGUUCGGCCUCUCCCCCACGCUGCACGUGCUCUCGGCGCCCUUCGUGCAGAGCGCAGCGCACCCCGUCUCCAAGUGGCUCUCUCCGUGACUGCACCUCAGCCCCUGCCACCACCAGCACCAGCACUACCAGCACCAGCACUACCACCACUAUCACCACUACCACCUGCACCACCACUACCACCACUUGCCUCCCACUCCGUGACUCUCUCAACUCAAGGGGGUCUCUGCGCGACUCUCAAGGGGGUCUCUGCGCGACUCUUCAAGGGGGUCUCUGUGUGAAUCUUCAAGAGGGUCUCUGCGUCACUCUUCAAGGGGGUCUCUGUGUGACUCUUCAAGGGGGUCUCUGUGUGACUCUCAAGGGGGUCUCUGCGUCACUCUUCAAGGGGGUCUCUGUGUGACUCUUCAAGGGGGUCUCUGUGUGACUCUCAAGGGGGUCUCUGCGUCACUCUUCAAGGGGGUCUCUGUGUGACUCUCAAGGGGGUAUCUGCGUCACUCUGAACUCUGUGAUUCGUUUCCGUGACUCUUUCCACGCGUGUGUUCUCGCGACAGCCCUCCCUUCGCGUCUCUCUGCCACUCUCUCCGUGACCACACUCACUCUCUCUGUCUCUCUGCCACUCUCUCCGUGACCACACUCUCACACUCCGUCUCUCUGCCACUCUCCGUGACCACACUCACACUCUGUCUCUCUGCCACUCUCUCCGUGACCACACUCACUCUCUCUGUCUCUCUGUCUCUCUCCGUGACCACACUCACACUCUGUCUCUCUGCCACUCUCCGUGACCACACUCACUCUCUCUGUCUCUCUCCGUGACCACACUCACUCUCUCUGCCACUCUCUGUGACCACACUCACACUCUCUGUCUCUCUGUCUCUCUCCGUGACCACACUCACACUCUGUCUCUCUGCCACUCUCCGUGACCA